UCCACUUUUUCUCUCUGUCUUUCCACGUCAUUUCCCUCUCGCUAUCUUGCGCCUCCAUCUUUUCCUACUUUCUUCCCUUUUCAGCGUAUGUUAGUCUCACCAUCAUCCUUUCCAGUUUUUUCAAUCCUCAAACUCCAUUUUCAUUUCCAGUUUUCUAACUAUUAGCUCACCACAAUUUUUUUUUUUAUAAAUAUUUUUCACGAUGAUGAUGAUGAUAGCUUUUGAAGCUUAUACAUCUAGUUAAUUAGGGUUUUGGUGAAAAUUUUGAUUUUGAUGGAGGUUAGGUUGUUUUAGUGUUAUUGGGUUGUGUGUAGUUUAGGAGAAAGGGUUUGAGAUGGAGACUGAGGAACAGGAACUUAUUGAUUUGAACAGCAACGAGAGUAAUUGUGGUGGGAAUAAUAGCAAGAGUGGUGAUGGGUUCAUUGAUAGGAGUAAAGUUAGGAUUUUGCUUUGUGAUAACGAUUCCAAGAGUUCUGAAGAGGUUUUUACUCUUCUUUUGAAUUGCUCUUAUCAAGUCACGUCUGUAAAAUCGGCAAGGCAAGUGAUUGAUGCAUUGAAUGCGGAGGGGCAAUAUAUAGACAUCAUACUAGCUGAAGUCGACCUUCCAAUAAAAAAAGGCAUGAAGAUGUUAAAGUACAUAGCACGGGAUAAAGAAUUGCGCCGAAUCCCUAUUAUAAUGAUGUCUGCACAAGAUGAGGUACCAAUUGUUGUAAAGUGCUUGAGGCUUGGAGCAGCAGACUAUCUAGUAAAGCCUUUACGUACUAAUGAGCUAUUAAAUUUAUGGACGCACAUGUGGAGAAGGAGACGCAUGCUUGGACUUAUAGAGAACAACAUCGUGAAUUAUGAUUUUGAUAUGGUAGCAUCAGACCCAAGUGAUGCCAAUACAAAUAGCACCACCUUGUUCUCUGAUGACACAGAUGACAGGUCCAAAAGAAACACCAAUCCAGAGCCUGGAAUUUCAAUCCAACAAGAACACGAGGAUAGCGUUGCCACCGAUGCUGCUGUUAUUGAGGAACUCCCAUAUGCUAAUCUAUCAGAAUAUCAGCCUGAUGUACCUGGAAUUAGUGACCGAAGAACAGGUUCUUCAGGACAGCAUCCGCCAUGCAACAAAGUUACGAAUGGUGGCUUUGAUGGUCCAAAGAAGAGUGAACUAAGAAUUGGAGAGUCAUCGGCCUUUUUCACUUAUGUCAAAGCAACCGCAACAAAGAGCAACUUUGAAGAGAUUGUGCAUGUCGAAGAUAAUAGUACUUCACAAGGGGUGGAAGAUAUGAAUCAAGCGUAUUCUCAACAAGGGGGUAACGACCUUCAAAGACAUGAAAUUGGAGAAAUGAUUGAAAGCUGUUCACAAGAUGACUUACCCAGAAGCAAUAGUAUACCUGAUUCUUUCUCUAUCGAGAGGUCGUGCACCCCACCUGUAUCAAUGGAGGUUUCACAACAAAAUAACCAUUACAACGAAGAACAUCCACAGGGGGUAAUUCAUCCAAGAAGUGGAAGUUAUGGUUCUGAGCUCAACCCACCGGGCAUGCCUGCCCAACACGCUUAUCAGUAUUAUAUACCAGGAGUUGUUAAUCAUGUUAUGAUGCCAUCAUCGGCACAACCGUAUCAAAAUAAUAUCCAGGAUCGUCAAAAUCAUGCUGGUUCAUCUAUGAUUGCCCAGUACAGUCAUCUUCCCCAAUGUCCACCUCAUGCAACUGGGAUGACACCCUACCCGUAUUUUCCAAUGAGUAUUUGUUUACAAACUGGUCAGGUUUCUACUAUUCAUUCAUGGCCGUCAUUAGGAAGUUCAACUUCAUGUGAAGCAAAGUUGAGCAAAGUUGAUAGGAGAGAAGCAGCAUUGAUGAAGUUUAGACAGAAAAGAAAAGAGCGCUGCUUUGAGAAGAAAAUCAGGUAUGUCAAUCGGAAACAACUUGCAGAAAGGCGGCCUCGUGUUAGGGGACAGUUUGUCAGAAAGUUGAAUGGUAUUAAUGUGGAUCUAAAUGGACAACCUGCUUCCACCGACUAUGAUAAUGAUGACGAGGAAGAGGAUGAAGAAAACAAUGGCGCGAGAGAUUCCUCUCCUAAGGAUGCUUGAAAAGAUCAAUUUGCUUAUUUGGCCCAAGAUGCAUUCGCAAUGAAUUCCUCCCUGCACAAAGAUGUCCUGUUCAGAAUUUGCCUCUGCUCCUAAAUUUGAUGAAAUUUCUAUGUGUUGGCAUUAGUUGACGAGCGUGUGCUAUAUUGAUUCGAACUUCAGGGAUGCUGAUUUUAUUCCAGUAUGCACCCUCAUCCCGUGGAGUUCAAACAGACUCUUGCUUGGUCUCUUUUGAAUAUCUCUCUUUUCAAAUGAUUCAUCUUGCUGAGCUCUUGCAGAAGAUGAAGCUCCGGUUGAUUAAGUCCAAUGCAUUUAAAUGUAUUAAACUUAUGUUUAAUUGAACUAUUUGGAGCAGGCCGUGGUUGCUCAUAUUAGUUAUUAAAAAAAUGUCAAAAACGAGUUUUUUGUCUAACAAAAUUCAUGACCAGCCAAAGUAUGUAUUCACCCUCCAUUAUUUUCUAUCUAGAAUGUUUCAUUACUCUUGAAAGUUUCAGGGGACUCUUUAGCUAAGCAAUAAAAGAAACAGAGUUAAUG